AUGGCGCUCCUCCAGACUUCUCUCAUCUGGAUUGUUUAUGCCGUCGUCAUAGCAGCCUUGCUUGCGAUAGCAUCGAUUUUCAUCUACAUUUAUCAAACGCCACGGGAUCGCUCCCCCUCAGUAACUAUCACUUGCAUCAUUGCAAUUACUUGUCUCUUAGCAACGGUUCUACUUCUUCCGGUUGAUGUCGCGCUAGUUUCGUCGACGACCUCGUCGCAGCUCGGUCGCCGCAAAGAUUGGGCCUCGCAAGAUGCUGUGGAUAGGAUCACUUACUCUUUAACUGUUGUCUACUAUGCCCUGUAUUCUGCUGAUGCCCUUUUGUGCCUCUUGGUGUUGCCUUUUACCUACUUUUGGUACGAAGAAUAUGAUGAGGUCGCUGCCGAGGCAGGCGAGCAGACGUUGGGAUCUCGCCUCUGGGGCGCCUUCAAGUACACCUUGUUUUUCAUCGCUAUAGUUGUGAUUCUCUUCUUGGUCGGAUUCUUUGUGCCUGUUUCGAAAGACAAAGACAAUAUGGAUCUGGAUUACUUCAAGCGGUUGUUGACCGAGAACCACGGCGAACGUGCACUGACAUUUGCGCUUGGUCUUUUGAUCACCCUCGGUAUUUGUCUGUAUGUUCUGUACACUUCUGCGGGCCUUGCUCUGUUCCCCGUGAGCCUGAUUAAGACCGCGCCUGCGGUUUCCAGCCCGAUGCUGCAGGCGACUACUGCACAGCAGCUGGAAGUAAAUCAGGAGCGCCAACGUCAGCUUGAGGGACGCUGUGGGGGAAAUCCCGACCUUUUAUCAUCAAAGGAUCGCAGAGAACUCGACACUCUCACGCGGGAGGAGAGGACGCUCAUCCGUCGACAGCGUCUGGUCGAGGAGGCACAAGGCGGAGGGCGCAGUUGGCUAAUGCGAGCGUGGAAUAAGGUUGGAGCUAUUCUCCGUCCAUUCAAACUGCUCGGCGGAAUUUUGCUCCUUCUGGUGGCUGUUGUGGUUUGGGUGUCCAUGCUCUUGACCUCGAUCGACAAAGCAAAAAACUCGAUCUGCAAGCACCGCUGUGGUUACAUCCUUGGUCACAUUAACGUGUUUAACCCUGUGAAUUGGAUUCUGGUCGUGUCUGCCAAGGUCUUUCCCGUGGACUACGCCAUCUUCACUGCCCUCAUCUUGCUGCUCUUCUGCAGCUCCGUUGUGGGCAUCGCAGUGGUCGGUAUUCGCUUCUUGUGGAUUCGCAUCUUCCAAAUCCGCAAAGGCCACACCUCGCCACAGGCUCUUCUUUUGGCAACCGCUAUGCUGAUGCUUAUGAUUUUGGCGCUGAACUAUUCUGUUUCGAUGGUAGUGGCUCCGGGAUAUGCAACAUUUGGUCCUCAGACCUUCUGUGACCGCACCCCGAGCUCACCGGGCGAGCAACCGGAUUGUACGAACAGCAAGGAUCUCAUCAAACCGUGCUCUGAGCUUGCAGAGAAUCCAGCAGCUCGUUCAGUAUGCACACCUAGUGUUGUCAGCACCUUCCUGAAUCGAGUGACGAUCAAUUUUCCUUUCUUUGGUGUGGUCUUUUUCUGGGCUCAAUUUGUCUUCCUGGGUGUCUACCUCGUUGUCUUUGUUACUACCCUCUUCCGGGCACCCAAGCUCGAUGAGCAACAACUUGAUGAAGAUGCCGAAGAAGCGGAAGAAGAAGGUCUUCUGGCUAGUACCGGAAGACGAUUCGGUGCUAACUGGCAAGAUAUCACUGGCAGGGCUGAUCGUGCUUGA